AUGGCACCAUUUGAAGCAUUGUAUGGAAGAAAGUGUAGAAGCCUAGUUCGCUGGAAUGACUACAGUGAACGAAUAACCUUGGGAACAGAUGUCAUUGAGGAUAUGGUGAGCAAGGUUUCUCGAACAAAAGGUGUGAUGCGAUUUGGAAAGAAAGGGAAGCUUAGUGCAAAAUAUGUGGGUCUGUAUGAAAUUCUCCAACGUGUGGGGAAAGUGGCUUACAAAUUGGCUUUGUCAAUGGAGUUCAAGAAAAUGCAUGAUGUGUUCCACAUUUCCCAAUUGAAGAAGUAUGUGCCUAGUGAAACCCAUGUUUUGCAGCCGGAGACUAUUCAACUAGAUGAGUCUCUAACUUAUGAAGAAAGACCGGUCAAGAUACUAGAUCACAAGGUGCGUAGUACUAGAACCAAAGAUGUGAAGUUAGUGAAAGUCCUUUGGUCGAACCAAGAGUACGAAGAGGCUACUUGGGAGGCCGAGGAAUAG